GCCUCCUCGUCGCCCUCAGCGGCUUCACCGAGGCCGCCAUCCGCCACGCUCGCGCGACCUCGACCCCGAUCGCGCUCCUCCACCUCGAGCCCGCCGUGACCGCUGGCGGCGCGCGAGACGCGCACGACUGGGUUCGCGCGGUGUCGGCGUCGGCGUCGGCGUCGUCCUCGAGCGGCGGCCGCGGCGGUGCCGUGGCGAUGCGGCUCGUGAGCGCGAGCGCCAACAGGGCGCUCGAGGGCCUGAUCAGGGCGGCGCGCGAGGGCGAGGGCGAGGGAGCGGCCGAGCGCAGAGGGCGGCUGUCGUCGGCGGCGAACGGGGUCGAGGAGCGCGGGCAUGAGGUUGGCUGAGCAGGGACGACGCCCCGUCCCUGCACCGUCGAGCCUCUCUCGACGCACCUGCUCAACAGCCCGCCGCGCCGCGCACCUCGACCCCGACUGCGGCGCAACCCACUCGUCGCUCACCGACACCCUCGACGCCGACGCUCAAGCCAAGCCCGAAACGCCGCAGACACGCUCUCAGCCGCUCUCGUACCCUCGCGUCGGGUCAAGGACUCGUUGCGCUGCGCCCAGAUUCGGCUCGUCAGCUAACGACGGCGCUGGCGGCCGAGCGAGAGAGUGGACGAGCGCGCGGAGGAGAGAGGGCGCGAGGCGGGCGCCGUCGGCUGCGUCUCGCGAGGUCUUGCGUCUCUCGUCUCGGUACCUGGAACAGGGAAUACUCUCGCUCGG